UGUUCGAUGCGCGCGGAAUGCAUGAACAUUUCAGUCAAAAUCAAAUGCAAACUUUUCAGUUUGGGGGCUAAUGAUUAGAUAGUUUUACGUUAUUUAAUCAUACCAAACUAUGUGGCUUUUAGAAAACAUACGAGUGCCAGGUGAUAGUUUCUACCUCCUGGAGGGACAGAAUUACACAGUUGGCCGCAAAGAUUGUAAGAUUCUGGUUCUAAACGAUAGCUCUGUGAGUCGUAAACAUGCAACGCUGACUGUGACGUAUUCCGAUGCCAGCCUGAGUAAACCUGAAAUAAAGCCUGUCCUUACCUUGAUUGACUCCUCCAAGUUUGGCUCAUUGAGAAAUGGGAGCAAGAUGGGCAUUGGCAGCAAUACAAACCUUGAAGAUGGGGACCUUAUCGUGUUUGGUGCUAUGAACUCCAAUCAGUGGAAAGUGACGUAUAAACCACUGGUCGUAGCUUUCUCAUCUCUGCCCUCUGCCGACAAGAGGUCUUUGAAGUCGCUGAUCCGUAAAUUGGGAGGGCAUGUGGUUCCUGAGUGGAGUAAAGAAUGCACGCACCUGAUCAUGACUCAGCUGACUGUCACCAUCAAGGUUAUUGGUGCCUUGGUGACGUGUCGACCCAUUGUCACUCCAGAGUAUUUACGCAAGUUGGAAGGAGCAGCCUGCAACAACACACCGAUGCCUGAUCCUUCUGACUUUCAGCCAGUUAUAGCAGAAACGGCCAUCAAAGAGGAUGAUGUAUCAUUCCAGGCAAACACGCAUCGCAAGACACUCUUCCAAGGAAAAACAAUGAUGUUCCUUGCUCAAAAACAGUUCAAGCAGCUGGCUCAGACUGUGAAGCUCGCUGGAGGUAAGGCGUUGCUGGUAGAGGAGGGAGUGACAAGCAGAGAAGAGGAUCUCCUGGUAGAUCCUAACACCCUCGUCAUGUAUGCGGAUCCUCAGGAUCAGAGUCAGGUCAUGACCCAGGCAGGUCAGGAAUGGGUCACGGAGGUCAUGGAGCUCCUGAAAAGGAAUGGCCUACGUCCCAUCCCCCAGUCUGAGUUUGGUCUAGCUGUGCUGUAUGCAUCCACCAAGGUCCACUGUAAUCCCAGAGUGGCUCAAGCUGGCCUGACCUUCAUUCAUCCAGUGGCCGCUCCCUCGCUCACAACUCAAGACGUGUUAGCUUCCGAGACUCAGCUGUCUGAGAUGGCUAGGCCCCACCCUGCCACGAGAAGCAAGCCAAAUGCAUCCAAGAGUGCCCUAGAGUCCAUUGACCAGAAGGAGAAGACAGACAAAAUUGCAGACAAAUCGGGGCAUACUCCAUCCAAGAAAAGGUUGCGAGAUGAUGACACAGCCAACUUUACCUCGCCAGCCAAAGUCCUUAGGAGGGAACCGGGCAAGUCAAACAAACCUCCCUCAACACCAGAGACUGUGCCACAGACAGCAAGAACCAACGGCGGUCCUGUCCCUGGAACAUCUCCAGAGCUGCCGUACAUAGGCAAGCCAGCAUCCCGACUCGGGGAACAACGGCCCGGUGGGUUUGUGGACUGCAAAGACAAAGCACAAGAGAGUAGCAAAGUCUCAUCUGAUGCAAAGAAACAAGACAACGUAGCAGUAUGUACUCGGAAUCGGUUGAGCAGAAAUCCUCUGAAGGGUAGGAAGAGAUACAAAACAGCUGGCAUAGACGACUCAGCAUACCCUGGGUCUUCUAUAGAUGAUGACAUUAUCUCACCCUCGGAAAGGAUAAGUGAGGGUAGAUCGAAGAUCAAGAAAGAGAUUGAAAGUCCUAAUUCGCAUCGGGGAGAUCCAGCAUGUACUUACCUUGACCCAGUCAAGGAGACUGUCGAGUCCAUCAUUGAUGAGACUGAGGACAGUGUGAUCCCCCCAUCAGGGGUCAGUGUGAGAGGCAGGAGGUUGGGUGGUAGAGUACAGGAUUUGGUUGUUAUGGAAACUGAUGAGGUCAGAGAGGAUGAGGAUAGAGGAGCGGAGCAGGGGAUGUGGAAGAAGAGAACCAAGAAGUCUAGACAUACAGAGGAGGAUAACCAAGUGAAUGAUGAGAUGAAUGCUGAUUCCAGCUCUAGGAGAACAUACCCAGCCCAGGUCAUACCUACAGGUUACAUCACCGCUAACAAGACAAUCAAGUCGGAACCGACAAGCCCUCAAGACCCCAGCCUGCCCGUCGACGUUGCUGUGGUUGAACAGGUAGCCUUGGCUAUCAGGAGACCUGCGGUGAAUGGAACUCGCUCAACAGCUGGAAGGAAAGGAGUCAACAACUUCAAGAAGUUCAAAAAGGCAAGCUAUGCGGGCCAGCACAGCAUGCCCCGCAUCAUCGGUGGCUCUGACCUAGAGCAUCAUGGGAUUGGACACAUCCGAGAAGCAGAGGAGAUGAUGGAACGAGAGCGAGAGACACUACGUAAACGACAUAAAGAAAAGGAUCUGGCCGAUCAACUGUUUGACUGGGACCCAAGACCCUCCAAACGACGCCGCUAGAAACUCGCACACUUCUAAACUUUCCAUAGAUCCUUUGCCGGAAGAACAAGAGUCUAUCGAUAUCUUACAUGGUUGCACAACUCAACAGAGCACCAAGUUCCACAAACAUCAAACGUCCUGCCGCACAAGAUCAUAUCAAUUCCAAGAGGAGCAAAAAUCACUUUAAUUCCUGUUUUGCCACACAAAAAAAUGACCAAAGAAUAUUGUGGUCCACUACACUCUAAUUUCAAUCCACUGCCCUUAAACUAAAUGGGAGUGUUAAAUCUUAGCAGGGAGGAUGGGCGAAGAGACUUACGUUUUGCUGUUCCAUGUUCAUUGCUCAUCUGUCAAAAUUGUCUAAAUUUGAGAAUCGGGAUCAUAUCGAUUUCAAGAGGAGCAAAAAUCAAAUCAAUUCCUGUUUUACCCAAAAAAAACCUGACCAAAGAACCAUUGUAGUACACUGCACCCUAAUUUCAAUCCACUGCCCUUAAACUAAAUGGGGGUGUUAAAUCUUAGCAGGGAGGAUGGGCGAAGAGAUUCGUUUGCUGUUCCAUGUUCAUUGCUCAUCUGUCAAAAUUGUCUAAAUUUGAGAAUCAGUGCAUGCGUGUACCAUUUAUGGGGUUGUUUUGCCUUGCAACAAGAGGGUAGUAGGAUGGUUCCCAGUCCCAGUUUAUUUUACUCUCCCUAUCCAACAUUGGAUAGUGUGGGCCUAGUGGUUACGGUUCCAGACUCGUGAUCACAGGGUCAAGAGUUCAAAUCCAGCUGCUGGUCAUACGUUGUGUCCUUUGGCAAGCCAUCUCACCCCCACUUGCCUCUCUCCACCCAGGAGUACAAAUGGAUACCGGCAUUAACUUGGGAGUGACCUGUGAUUGGACUGACAUUCAAUCCAGGGGGAGUAGAAAUAUUCUCAGUCGCUUCAUGCCACUUAAAGUGGAGAUAAACACCGGCCUGAUGGGCCAUAUUGGCUCUUGAUAGACUUUACUUUUUACAUAAGCAUAUGGGCCUGAACAAAUGAAAUACAACUACUGACUCACUGAGGACUCACUAGA